AUGGAGUCCAUAUUUUCUGUCUUGCAUAUGAUAAUAGCCCUUGUAAAUUUUUCCAGAGCUAAUGAGACUGCUUGUAGUUUGCUAGGAGAGCUUGCAUACCCACAUUUUUUUAAGAAUGGUGAUAUAAUAAUAGGGGGGAUUUUUCCAUUUUAUAGUAGUUGGGAGUUUACAGACUUGUCUUACUCGGUCAUGCCACCUCCAAUACAGUGCACAAGCUUGGAUUUCAGAGCUUUUCAAUACACACAGUCCAUGAUCUUUGCAGUAGAAGAGAUCAACAACAGUUCCUCUUUACUUCCUGGAGUCUCCCUCGGUUAUAAGAUCUAUGACACUUGUAGUUCUUCAGCAAUGGGAGUUAAAAUGGCAAUGACAUUAAUGAAUGGGAAUGAAAAAUCUGUUGCAAAUCAGGUCUGCACAAAACCAGCCCAGGUGCAAGCAAUAAUAGGUGAGGCAUACUCCUCAGUGUCCACAGCUAUAGCAAAGAGCAUUGGACCAUUCAACAUGCCCAUAAUCAGUCACUAUUCCACCUGUGAAUGUCUGAGUGACAAAACGAAAUAUCCCUCAUUUAUGCGCACUGUUCCCAGCGAUUACCACCAAUCCAGAGCCAUGGCAGAGAUGGUAAAGCACUUUGGCUGGACCUGGGUGGGAGCAAUACGAAGAGAUGAUGACUAUGGUAACACUGGAAUGGCUACAUUUACAAAAGUUGCAGAACAACUGGGUAUAUGCUUGGAAUAUUCCCUUCCUUUUUUUAGAACUUACUCGCAAGAACGAGUGCUAAGAAUAGUAGAGCAAAUCAAAAGUUCUACUUCUCGAGUCAUAGUGGGAUUUCUUGCUCACUGGGAUUGGGAGAUUUUGGUGCAUGUGUUUACUGAACACAACAUCACUGGAUACCAGUGGGUAGGAACUGAGGGUUGGAUCGCUGAUCCAGUAGUGGCCUCACUGGAUAAGAAAAAUAUACUACAAGGAGCCAUAGGGCUAGCUAUAUCCAAAACAACAGUUACAGGUCUUGAAGACUUCAUUUUAGAUAUAAAACCACUGAAGUCUGUAAGCGGUGGCAUUUUCACUAAAUUUUGGGAAGCUCUGUUUAACUGUAAAUAUACAAUGCAGAAUGACUCGGAGGUGCAACCAGCUUGUACAGGAGAAGAAAAACUGUCUGAAGUGGAAAACACUUUCACUGAUAUGUCUAUGCUGCCUAUUAUCAGUAAUGUGUAUAAAGGGGUUUAUGCAAUUGGCCAUACUCUACACGAACUUCUUGGAUGCAGAGAAACUUGCCCCACAAAGAAGCAAGCUGAUCCUCUUACAUUUCUUGAGCACAUCAAAAAGGUGCAUUUCAAGACCAAAGAUGGUGAAAGUGUUUAUUUUGAUAAAAAUGGUGACCCUGUAGGAAAAUAUGAAAUAAUUAACUGGCAAACCAAAAAGGGACACCCACAUCAAUUUGUUACUGUUGGAAUUUAUGACUCUUCUUUCCCUGAUCAGAGUCGUUUGUCUGUAAACUUGUCGUCUAUUGUUUGGGUAAAAAAUAGCGAUCAACCGCCAAAAUCUGUAUGCAGUGAGAGCUGUCCUCCUGGAACAAGGAAAGCUGUACAAAAAGGAAAACCUAUCUGCUGCUUUGACUGUAUACCAUGUGCUGCAGGCGAGAUCAGUAAUAAGACAGAUUCUGUUGAAUGUAAACAAUGUCAGCAAGACUUCUGGUCAAAUCCACAGAAAGAUGAAUGUGUGAAGAAGGAAAUUGAAUAUCUGUCAUAUGAGGAAACGAUGGGGAUGUUACUGACAGUUAUUUCUGUUGUUGGUGCAAUUAUGACAAUGGUAAUAGCAGUCAUUUUUCUUAAGUAUAAAAAUACUCCAAUAGUCAAAGCCAACAACUCUGAACUGAGCUUCCUGUUACUCUUCUCACUGGCCCUGUGCUUCCUUUGCUCACUAACAUUCAUUGGUCAGCCCUCGGAUUGGUCCUGUAUGCUGCGCCACACAGCAUUUGGGAUCACUUUUGUACUCUGCAUUUCCUGUGUACUUGGGAAAACUAUAGUGGUGUUAAUGGCCUUCAGAGCUACACUUCCAGGCAGUAAUGUCAUGAAAUGGUUUGGGCCUCCACAACAGAGACUCAGUGUACUUGCCUUCACUCUAAUACAAGUGCUAAUUUGUGUGCUUUGGUUAACAAUAUCCCCUCCUUUCCCUUUCAAAAAUCUAAGUCACUACAAGGAAAAGAUUAUUCUAGAAUGUCAUUUGGGCUCAACCAUAGGUUUCUGGGCCGUGCUGGGUUACAUAGGACUCCUGGCCCUUUUGUGUUUUGUGUUGGCUUUUCUCGCACGGAAGUUGCCUGAUAAUUUUAAUGAAGCCAAAUUUAUUACAUUUAGCAUGCUCAUAUUCUGUGCAGUUUGGAUCACUUUUAUUCCAGCUUAUGUCAGCUCUCCUGGAAAAUUUACUGUAGCUGUGGAGAUCUUUGCAAUUUUGGCUUCAAGCUUUGGCUUGUUAUUCUGUAUCUUUCUUCCAAAAUGUUACAUAAUCAUUUUGAAGCCAGAGAAAAAUACUAAAAAGCUAAUUAUGGGGAAAAAUACCAGCUAA